GUUUGCAACUGGUUUAUAAAUGCAAGACGGAGGAUUCUACCAGAGAUUAUCCGCCGAGAAGGAAAUGACCCAGAAAAGUAUACAAUAACUCGCCGUGCCAAGAAACUCAAAGGAGUAUCUCCUAGGGACCGUGUUGAGAUGGAAGAGUAUUCUCGCCCAGCCCAAAAUGAUUAUGCACGUGCCCGGCCACGUUGGGAAUCUACAGAUCUUCCCGAUCAUGAUUAUGAUUUUUCCAUGGAAUCUCGCGUUGCUUCUUGGGUUGCUGAGCAGCAAAGAGUAUCUGCCAAACCCCACUAUGAAGCAGUGUGUCCGUGUGGGUGUGGCUCUGAGGCUGAUCAUACUUCAACUUUCACUACUAACUCCACAGCUCCAACAUCUACCCAAACAACUGCUCCAAAUUUUGUGACAGAGGUAACAGCAGCAACAAAUUCACCAAUAUAUACAGACACUCACUCACCAGCUUACACUCCAAAUGACUCCCCAAUGUAUCCACCAUCAACACCAGAACAUUAUGUUCCUCAAACAGAUUAUACUCACCAUGCCUAUAACACAACAGCUCAGGUCACCCCACCUCCAACACCACCUGAGGAUGAUGCUGAUAAGUUCAAAUGUCUUUAUAUGCUGGUUGAUGCAGCUCUUAGUCAGUGGGAGAAACAGAAUGCCUCACCACCACCACAGGAUGCCCUUGACACCACACGUACCUACCUCAGUCUGUAACAUGUUAUCCAUCAUUAUUACCCUUAUUUUAUAAUAAAUCACAAUCAUACUUGAAAAAAAGAAUGUUAUGGUUUGAUUAGAAGAUUGCAAUAGAAGAUUUUUGAGAAAUAAAAGAAAUCUGUGGUUGCUCUGACACUGCAACUCCAUAAAAUUUGUUAUUAGUGAUAUUGGUCCAUCAUACACCAAUACCUCCUAUGCUUAUAAAUAGAAAUUUAUUUGGACCAAAGUUUUAUUAGAACAAAUACUUUCUUACAUAUGCUAGUUUUGUGAUGUAUGUGAAUUGCUCAUUCUUCUGUUGAACUUUCUUAUUGGUUUAUACAUAUGAACAAUGUCUUGUUGGUUUUGGUUGUGACUUCUCUUGCAAUUUUAGUUACAAAAGACAACAUAUUUCAUUUUGCUUCUGUGAAUGUGUUCCCUAGUUGUUGUCAAGAUCAAAUUCAAGUAAAGCUAGUUUCCAGCAAUGUAUUUAUUUGCUGGUAAUUUUUUAGCCUGUGCUCUCAGUCCAUGAUCUUGUUGCAUCUGCUGAAACCUGGCAGCGAUUUGUAGUUCAAACAUACUAACCAAAUACGUUUAUGAGGUAGCUCGUGAAUUCACGUCUUCUAUAGUACAAUGGAUUGCCUUGCAAUGAUACAGAGUUUUUAGUUUUCUUCACCCAUUAUUUUUAGGUAACCUUGUAUUAUCAUGACUUACCAAGAUUAGUGUAGUGUAUAGAACAUUCCAAAUUGGUGUUCGUCUUCCCUUAUAUUGAAGCAGUGGCUAAGGCAGUUGAGAUUUUCACAAUAUGGAGGGUUUGCUGCACAAAAUUGCUUUUUCAUAAACCUCCGAGUGUUUUUCACGUCUUGUCACUGCUUCUGGUCUGUCUCUGCCUUUAAGACAUAUCGCUCAAAUCUCCAAGAAAACGUGUAUACAUGUGCCUUAGUUUUGUCCCAUGCAGAGUUAACUCAUCUACUUAACCACACAAAUGUUUUAUAGUUAAGGACAUGUAUAAGUACUUACUCUGUCAUUAUUGCUAUACUAGCAAAAUGUGAAUACUAAAUCUUGCUAACCUCUUUUUUUUUUUUUUUCAUUUAUAUUUGUGAAUCAAUUUUUUAGGUAGAAAUAAUGAGUACAUAUUGGACAUUAUGAAAGUGGUACUCUGUAUUUGCCAUCACUUUAAAAAAAAAUUUCUUAUUUGAUUUUGAUUUUAAUGUUUUAAUAUAUCUAUUUGGUUGUAGUCAAGUGUAUAUGAAGUAGCCAAUUGCAUAAGAUUUUGAGUUUUCUUAAGUGGUUACUAGAAGUAGCUGUUUAAUUAGCAUUUUAUCAUUUCACAGAAUUUAUACCCAUCAUAUACAGUAAUAGUUGCACUGACUUGUAUUAUAAUCAUGCAGUUAUUUACUCAUUUGUUUUAUUCUUGAGCUAAUUGAUUUUACAUGGAAAUGUUAUAUUUUGAAACAAUUGCAAAUUAUAUUUUAAGUAGUACCCCAGAAUAUAUCAUGUAAGAAUUAUAGAUGUUUUAUUAUGUUGAGAACAUUAUAUGUUCAAGCUGUUGUAAUGUUUGUGCAUGCGAUAGUGUGGGUGAUUUUCAUAUACCUGGAAUCUAAAAUAUUGUAGUUACUUUGCACAUUUUGCUCUGUAUUUAAAGUACAUUACUUUUUCUUUUUAUCAGUUCAAAGGUUAGCUUCAAGCCACUGGGUCCUGUUCAUGCCAUUACUUUAUGGUGCUACUAUUAUUUUUUUUCCCUAUUACACUGGGUAGUUGAAAAGGGCCUAGUGACUGUUAGCAGGUUGGGAAAGAUUUGCUACAUUUCAUAUUGUAAUGUUUUAUGUAUUCCAUAUUUUGUUUCCAUAUUUUUUAGACCAAAGUGAUUUAGUUAUUCAUAACUCCUGACCUGUCAGUAGACAUACUUUGGUGUCCAGGUAGGUAAAAAUCACCAGUAGAUGAAUUGCUAGUGUGAGCGUUUGAUAGUAUCACAUGGAGUUAUUUUAGUUUGGUCAAGGCCCACCUACAUCGGCAGGGGAGAUACCUAAGGUACACGAUUGCCUCCUUAACAAGCAAUUGAUAUAAGAACUUUAAAACAAAUUUUAGCAAAAAAUUUGUUAUUUUUAUGCAAGAUGCUACAAAAGCUGAAAAGAAUGAAUGGUUUUAGAGAUUGUAUAUAAUGUAUUAAACUCAGUGAAGGUUUGUCAAUCCAUUGAUGAAUUAUUUCAGCUUUUGAAUUCUUUCCUUUAUUGUAUACCCAGUGCCAUUGGUGUCUGCAUGCCAUAUACAUCAACUGCCAUCUUGAGUAUUCCAUGCAGGUAGUGAUAAUCUUACCAUUGUUAAUAGUUCAAUGAAUAUAAGGUUCAGAGUAUUACAUGCAAUCAACCUGUUACUUCCUCUCGUCCUUUCACUCAGAUUGACAAAACUGAUGCCAUUUGCUUCUUAUAUUAAAUAUUUUUAAACACUUUUGAACCAGUGGAAGAAAAUAACCACAUUUUACAGUUGCCUUAAAGACUGAAAGUCAUCACUGAAGGGCAUGAGAGGAAGUAAAAAGUUGAAGCGAUGGGGUAAUAUGAUGAAUGUAGUCCAUUAUUAGUGUCUACUGUACAGUCUGCAGAAUUAUUAUUAUAGAAAAUAAAAGUGAUAUCAA